AGGGUAUAUAAGGAGGGGGAAAGAAAGAGAGUGUGGGAGUGGGAGAGAUGGAUCCAGACAAUUUGGCAAAGGCAUUCGUAGAACACUACUACAGCACCUUCGACAACAAUCGCCAAAGCCUGGCCGGUCUCUACCAGGAUGCUUCCAUGCUCACUUUUGAAGGCCAGAAGAUCCAGGGCGCUUCCAACAUCGUCGCCAAGCUCACUUCCCUCCCUUUUCAGCAGUGCCACCACUCCAUCUCCACCGUCGACUGCCAACCUUCCGGUGCCAGCGGCGGCAUGCUCGUCUUCGUCAGCGGCAACCUCCAGCUCGCCGGCGAACAACACACUCUCAAAUUCAGCCAGAUGUUCCAUUUGAUGCCAACUCCGCAGGGAAGCUAUUAUGUGUUGAAUGAUAUAUUCCGUUUGAACUAUGCAUGAAGAUAGACCAUCAAAUACAUGAGCUGAAAGGCCAUAGAAGAAGUUUGCCCUAUAGCUAGCUGUUUCAGAUUGGACAUUUGAAAUUGAAAAAGGGUUAUUUUUGGUGGAUUGUGUUGAAUCCUUAAUUGUCUGCUGUGUUUAGAAUUUUCUGUCGUGACUGAUUUGAAAAAAUCUUCAAGGAUAAAUUGUUGAAAGAUUACUGCGUAUUGGAGAUUGAAAACUUUAAUAUAUUUGUGAUCUGAAAUAUUGGAUCCAAGCAUCUUGAUCCAUUUUCCCUUUAUUAA